AUGACUCAGCCAGCAAGCUCAGUCCCAGAGUCAGCCCCACACGAAUCGAGCCAUCUACUCGAACGAGAACAGGAGAACGACGAUGAUGAAAUCAGCAACCUGGAAGCCCAGAGGCCGGCAGCCGUCCGAUUCUUCACGCCCAGCCAGCCACACUCGACCAUCACCAGCUUCAUCCUCAACUACUCGCACUCCCCCGUCGGACUGCUGUCGUCAGUGGCCCUCAACGAGAACGACCUCUCCGUCGACCCCGUCGGACUAGACAUCGACCUCCAAUCCUCCGCCUCAACUCCCGCCCUUUCCUCCUCAUCCUCUCAGCCGGCGCGGUUCAGGAAGGCUAGAUUCUUGGUCACGCUCGAUAUCUUCAAGGCUAUCGUCCUGUCCCUGCAAACCAUCUACACGGCCAAUCAGUUCAUAGGCCCCUUCUCCACUUCCAAUCAACCGUUUACUCCCUACUGGCACAAACAUGUAGUCUUCCCAUUAAGCCAUCCCUCGCAGUACAAAAUUCACCUGUUGACUUUAACUUGUUCGCCGGCAUUACAUUUCGUGUUGGGUUGUUCGGCCGUACUUGCGAUUCAUACAAGGAAAUGUUUGGGCUGGAGAUCCCAUGAAAUCUUCUUCAGGUCCUUAAAGCUUGGCUUCAGUUUAUUGGUGUUGAAUCAGCUGUUGAUGUCUCAAACAAUCUUCCAAACCCGUGGCAAAGUGAUUUUGACAACCUUGCCGAUAUGGUCACUGGGAUGGAACUUGAUAUUCAUCACGACGAUCCUGAUUGGCCUCUUUCUAAUCGAACGAGCCAUUCUAAAUUACUUGUACACGAAGACGACUGGGUGUAUACUGGAGACGACUGGUCUGGCGGGCGAGGAGACGGCGGAGGAUGUGCAGGAAACGGCGUGGAUGAGACGGUGUGCGGACCGGAUCAGGAUGGCUAUCGACGCCUUCCUGCUCAUCGGCACGGCGCUUUUACCCUUGCUGAUCGGAUACAUGUUGCCCGGUGAUCGGGAAGAUCCGGACCCUGACUGGUGGAUCGAGUCUUCACAAACUCGCUCGUAUUGGUUUUGGUUCUUCUUCGCGCCUACUCCUGAAAUGUCGACCUACCCGAGGUUCGGAAUGGUGUCUAACUUUGCUCCGAUUGGGUGGCUUCCUUUUGUGUUACUCGGAGCUUUUUACGGUCGGCAUUUGAUUCGUGAACCACGAGAAAAAAUCCAGACCUUUCACCGACACAUAAAACUAGCGAUCCUGUCGAUUUUAAUUUUCAGCCUGACCCGAAUCUUAGACGUAGGAAACCUAGCGGUUCCAUUUGUGUCUGACGACGGCCCAGCGCGAGCGGUGAGGGGACAUGUAUUUCGAUGGCUCAGCAGCUCGUGGGAGAUGGCCUUCUAUACGACCACCUACCCUCCCGAUCUGGGACACAUCUCUCUCUCCAGCACAUCCAUCUUUCUUCUCCUCGCCGUGCUCGACUUGUUGCCCCAUGCCCUACUCAACUUCAACCCUUUGUUACUCUUCGGCAGGGCACCGAUCUUCUUCUACUCCAUCCAAGUUGAGUCUCCCCAAUCCCAUCUCAUCUCUGCUUUUCUAUUUAUUCAUUUUUACUGA